UUUUCGAGGACAAGGGCAAGUCUCUCUGUCAGUGCUGUUUGUGUAUAUGGGUACCAAACAUGGCGAGAUUUUUGAGGCCUAACAUCAGGAGUUUUGUCACCUCACAGCUGAGAAUGUCGUCUGAUCAGUUGGGUGAGCUGGGUAAAGGCGCAGGAAAAGGUGGUGGAGGUGGAGGGUCCAUCCGAGAGGCAGGUGGAUCCAUGGGGAAAAAGCAGGCUGCUGAGGAGGAAAUGUACUUCAAACGUAAGGAGCAGGAGCAGCUGGCUGCGUUGAAGCAACACCACCAGGAGGAAAUUGACCACCACAAGAAGGAGAUUGAACGCCUGCAGCGUGAGAUCGAUCGCCACAAGGGGAAGAUCAGGAAGCUGAAGCAUGACGACUGAGUGAAACCUUCCCAAAAAAAAAAAAAAAAAAAAAGAGUUCCAGUUUUCUCACCGUCACAGCCAAACACAUUAGUAAUCAGUCAGAUUGCUGCAUGCACUGUGUCACCAGGCCAGUCAUGGGUGUGUGGAUGAUUGUUCUGUAAAAGCUUGAAAGUAAUUAAACUGUUCAUAAAGUGAU